GUCCUGCUUUUGGUCGUUUUACGACAGAGUGUCGGGGUUGCAGGUUUGCUUUAUGGCAGCGUUUGCUGACGCUUCGCUCAAUUUCCGGCAGCGUAGCGCAGGCUAACCCUAGGAGUGAGGGGGCCUCAGGUGGGGUUCGGAGGUUCGAAUCCCAAUACGGGAAUGAGCCUCUUUGACCUUUUCCGGGGUUUUUUCGGCUUUCCUGGACCUCGGAGCCACAGAGAUCCCUUUUUUGGAGGGAUGACUCGAGAUGAAGAUGAGGAUGAUGAGGAAGAAGACGAAGGAGCCACCUGGGGCCAUGGGAGCUCCAGGUUUGAAGGUGCCCAGCCCCCUGAGGAAUUUGGCUUCGGCUUCAGCUUCAGCCCUGGAGGAGGGAUGCACUUCCAUGAUAACUUCGGCUUUGAUGACCUAGUACGGGAUUUUAAUAACAUCUUCAGCGAGAUGGGGGCCUGGACCUUGCCUUCCCGUCCUCCUGAACUUCCAGGUCCUGAGUCAGAGACACCUGGUGAGAGACUGCAGGAGGGACAGACGCUUCGAGACUCAAUGCUUAAGUAUCCAGAUAGUCACCAACCCAGGAUCUUUGGGGGGAUCUUGGAGAGUGAUUCAAGAACUGACUCUCCAAAAUCAACACCAGACUGGGGCUCCCAGAGACCUUUUCAUAGGUUUGAUGAUUUGUGGCCUGUGACCCCCCAUUCUAGAGCCAAAGAGGACAAGGAUCUUGAUUCCCAGGUUUCCCAGGAGGGCCUUGGCCCAGUUCUGCAGCCCCAGCCCAAAUCCUAUUUCAAGAGCAUCUCUGUGACCAAGAUUACUAGGCCAGAUGGGACAGUAGAGGAGCACCGGACAGUGGUGGACAGUGAGGGCCGAACAGAGACCACAGUGACCCAUCAAGAAGCAGAUGGUAGUCCCAGAAAUGAUCAAGAAUCACCAACACCUCCAGCUCUGGAUGAUGCGUUUUCCAUCCUGGAUUUAUUCCUAGGCCGUUGGUCCCGAUCCCGGUAGCCUUGUUAAUCCUCAGAAGCUUUCAGGUUCUUCCCACCUCCCACUCUUCUCAUCAUCAGUGGUCUUAGCUUCUCCUCCUGCCACCUCAGGGCUUUGGAACAGUGAAUUGGGAGUAUGUCAGUAUGUCAUUCACCCAAACUGACCAAUAAAAACCUUUAUUUAUGCUAA